CGUAGUGGAGAGACCUAUUUCUUAUCUUCUACUUCCUCUUUAUGAUUUUUUUUUUUUUUUUAGCUAAAAGUUAUACUCAUAUACAUAUUACUUAACUAUUUAUUCUAGAUUAUAAGUUUCAAAAAAGUUUAAUUCCCAGUCCACAACAGUGUUCUUCAUUUCCAGUCCACAACAGUUCUAAUUCUUGUGUAACAAGGAUGUAUUUCAACAAUGAAUUGUCCGAUCUGAAAUAUAGCCUCCUUAGCAGGCUGCAAUAUUCAACUUACUCGGAUGUUGGAAGGGAUCGAAUAAAUUUCUUUCUAUGGGAGUUAAAAUUUCUUGAUUGUUUUCUCUAUUUGAAAAGGUUACCGUUUGCAAGUGAAUGCGGUAUGCUAAAUGUCUUACAGAAAAUGAUAGAAAUUUGGAAAAGUCGGUUUGAGAUGGCAAUUUAUAUAUGUAUGUAUGUUGAAAGAAUUAGUCCUUUGGAUGGAUUUGUCUACUGGAAGGAGUUAAUUUGGAAAACUAAGCAAGAAUUCAGAGCCCAAUACUCCUUUCCGAAAUCACCACUUGCAACCAACAAGGUGAUUGAUGAUGAUGAUAACUCGUGGUUUUUUGUUCCAGGACACAUGAAGGAACAAAUAGAACAAGUGUUAAAGGAGUUGAAGUUAUUGAGAUUUUUUGUCUGCUUUGUUUCAAACAAAUGUAGCAUACAGCCUCAAUACCGAUGUACUACUUUUUAUAUUCAUGCUUUAAUUGAGGCUAGCCACAUCGCAAUGGUUGUGUGGUUGCAUUUGCCAGUCUAUGGCAACGGAAAUCAAGACUUGGCUCCAAGUGAAGUCAGUCGUUUGCUUUCUGAUUUCAUGGAAAUGAAGAUUAAGUUCAUUGAGCCAGGCAUCAGCCGCAACAGUAUUUAUAUUGAUGUCCUGCAAACUUUGAAGUCAACCAUACCACAAGCUCAAAAGAAGCAUGCAGCUGAGAGUGGCAUUGUGGAGAUUCCAACAAACAGUCUGACGGUUGGUUUGAGUGAUCAAAUGGCUAACCUUCAGGAGAUGCUCUGCCUUCUAAGAGACAAUCUCAUUCAUCUGCCAAUACUAGAUCUGGAAUUUCAUCUUCAAGAUAUGGAUUCUGUUAUUCUUGAUGCCGGACUUCUUAUUUACUCAUUAUAUGAUAUCAAGGGGGAGAAGGAAGACACAACAUUGAAUGAUAUGAACCGAGCACUUGGUUUGGAUCUUCCAAGAAACAUUGAGCCUAUCAAGGCGAUGGUCUACCUUGUCAUGCAAAAGGCAUUUCAUUGUAACUUGCCAAGGAUUCAUGGACUAGGUUAUGUCGAUUUUCUAUUGAAAAACCUGAAGGAUUUCCAAGGCCGUUAUUCAGAUUCACUUGCUUUCCUCAAAAAUCAACUUCAAGUAAUUCAAACGGAAUUUGAGAGCUUGCAACCUUUCCUGAAGGCUGUUGUAGAAGAGCCACACAACAAGCUCAAGACACUGAAUGAAGAUUGUGCUACACAGAUAAUUAGGAAAGCAUAUGAGGUGGAAUAUGUAGUUGAUGCUUGUAUUAACAAAGUAGCUCCUCAGUGGUGCAUCGAGCGUUGGCUCCUGGAUAUCAUAGAGGAGAUUACUUGUAUCAAAGCAAAGAUUCAGGAAAAGAACACGGUUGAGGAUACAAUGAAGGCUGUCAUUGCUCAUACAUCAUCACAAUUGGCAAGGACUCCAAGGAUGAAUGAAGAGAUUGUUGGGUUUGAGGAUGUCAUAGAAAAUUUAAGAAAAAAACUACUGAAUGGAACCAAAGGGCAAGAUGUCAUUUCAAUUCACGGCAUGCCAGGUUUAGGUAAGACGACUUUAGCCAACAGACUCUAUUCUGACAGGUCAGUUGUUUCUCAAUUUGAUAUUUGUGCACAAUGUUGUGUGUCUCAAGUAUAUUCUUAUAAGGACUUGUUAUUGGCAUUGCUACGUGAUGCUAUUGGUGAGGGUUCUGUGCGUAGAGAACUUCAUGCCAAUGAAUUAGCUGAUAUACUUCGCAAAACUUUAUUGCCCCGAAGGUACCUUAUCCUUGUUGAUGACGUGUGGGAAAAUAGUGUUUGGGAUGAUUUAAGAGGUUGUUUUCCAGAUGUCAAUAACAGAAGCAGAAUCAUUCUAACAACGAGACAUCAUGAAGUUGCCAAAUAUGCUAGUGUUCAUAGUGAUCCCCUUCAUCUUCGUAUGUUUGACGAAGAUGAAAGUUGGAAGUUGCUUGAAAAGAAAGUGUUUGGUGAAGAAAGCUGCUCCCCUCUCCUAAGAGAUGUUGGGCAGAGAAUAGCAAAAAUGUGUGGACAACUCCCUCUUUCAAUUGUUUUGGUGGCUGGUAUUCUGUCAGAGAUGGAAAAGGAAGUCGAAUGUUGGGAACAAGUGGCCAACAAUUUGGGCACCCGCAUUCACAAUAACUCAAGAGCCAUUGUAGACCAAAGUUAUCAUGUUUUACCCUGUCAUCUUAAGUCCUGCUUCCUUUAUUUUGGAGCAUUUUUAGAGGAUAGAGUGAUUGGCAUUUCAGAGUUAACAAGGUUAUGGAUAUCAGAAUCAUUUAUAAAAAGUAGUGAAGGCAGGAGCUUGGAGGAUAUAGCAGAAGGUUACUUGGAGAAUCUUAUUGGAAGAAAUCUAGUAAUGGUUACUCAUAGGGCCAUUUCAGAUGGUAAGGUCACAGCAUGUCGCCUUCAUGAUGUAUUACUUGACUUCUGCAAGGAAAGAGCAGCUGAGGAGAAUUUUCUACUAUGGAUAAAACGGGAUCAGAGUACCAAAGCUGUUUACUCUCACAAGCAGCAUGCUCACUUAACCUUCACUGAAAUGGAUACUCUUGUAGAAUGGAGUGCGUCUUGCUCACUUGUUGGCUCUGUACUUUUUAAGAGUUAUGACCCAUACUUUCCCCGUCGUCCCUUAUCCUCUCAUGCUUUUGCAGUUUCACACAUUUUAUUAAAUUUUAAGUUUCUAAAAGUAUUGGAUUUGGAGCACCGGGUUGUUAUUGAUUUUAUUCCAACUGAGCUUCCUUACUUGAGGUAUUUAUCUGCACACAUUGAUCAGAAUUCAAUUCCUUCAAGCAUAUCCAAUCUUUGGAACCUUGAAACUCUUAUACCAAGACGUGUGAGACGUUGCACGCUACUACUACCUAGUACAGUUUGGGAUAUGGUUAAAUUGAGACAUCUGUAUAUUCCUGACUUCAGCACAGAAAAUGAAGAACCAUUACUCGAGAACUCUGCAAAACUUUAUGAUUUGGAAACCCUUUCCACUCCAUAUUUCUCUUGUGUUGAGGAUGCAGAAUUGAUGCUGAGAAAAACACCUAAUCUUCGAAAACUGGAAUGUGAAGUUGAAUGUUUAGAAUACCCCCCUCAGUACCAUGUGUUGAAUUUUCCAAUACGGCUUGAAAUACUAAAGCUUUAUCGAUCAACAGCCUUUAAAACCAUCCCCUUUUGCAUCUCUGCACCAAAUCUCAAAUACUUGGAACUCUCUCGGUUUUACCUGGAUUCUCAGUACUUAUCAGAAGCUGCUGAUCAUCUCAAGCACCUUGAGGUACUCAUACUGAGAAGCGUUGAAUUUGGUCAUCAUAGGAAAUGGAAAGUGAGCAAUGGCAAGUUCCCUCAACUCAAAAUCUUGAAACUAGAAUAUGUGUCCUUGAUGAAAUGGAUUGUAGCUGAUGAUGCCUUUCCUAACCUUGAACAAUUGGUUUUGCUUGGAUGUCAAGAUCUUAUGGAGAUCCCUUCUUGUUUUAUGGACAUCCUUUCCCUGAAGUACAUUAAGGUAGACAAGCGCAACAAGUCUGUUGUCCAGUCAGCCAGGAAAAUAAAAGAAACACAAGUUGAAGUUAAUCAAAAUAUUAAUUUCAAGCUCCACUUCUUCAAGUUUUCAGUGCAGAAAGUUGUGUUCACAUACGAUAUAUCUCAUGAAGAAGUGAUACAUAAGGGAUUUAAAAGUUUAGCCUCUUCUCCAGGGAUGCAAUCAAUUGAAAUUGAUACAAAUGAGAAGAAAGUUAUUGUGUUCGGAAAUUGGGAUGCUGAUCAAGUUCAAUUAUUUGUGGAGAAACUGAUAAACCAUGGUGUUAAAGAUAAAAAGACAUACCCAAGGCAUUUAAAAGAUUAGUUUUUCUUCCAGGGAAUAUGAAUCAACUUCAACUGAUAUGAAAGAGAAGAAACUUACUGUGACCAGAGAUGUGGUGCUGAUGAAGUUCAAUUACUUGUGGAGAAACUGAGAAAGCGUGGCAUGCUCUAACAAAAUGCUGUGCUCUGGUGAACUCAGCCAUGAUGGAUUUCCAAAUAAUGACAGGGUUGUAGUCCCAACUUGUCAGCACAAAUGUGCUAUAGUCAUGUUGUUUACUGUAAUACCAUUUCAUGACACACACACAAACAUUAACUGUGUAGUAAAGUUUUGAUGGAUCAGUAAAUCUGAGUUCAACCCAUUGUAAUCCAUUCAAAUUCAACUCAAAAAAUGCCCAUUGAGUUAUUCUUUAACAGGGUAUCCAGAAUUUGUAGCUGGAGCAAUUUGGAAUAUCACAUGGAAUUUCUUUAUGAGUUAUUUCGUUUAAUAAAAGAUUCUGUAAAACGUCC